AAACUCGGAGGGGAGGGGCGCCGGGUGGGCUCCGGGACCGAGGAGUUGGAACCCCGUGGGGUUGCUGCAGGCCGGGGCGGGCCUCGCACACUCCCGGGAGUGGCCCGGGAAGGAGUGGGACAGCGAUGAGGAGUUACAUCCCCGGCGCAGUUUUGGAAGCAGAGGGGGAGGUGGCGGUGCAGAGUUGCAUGUGAGGUUAACGCAGGAGGCAGCCGCCUGGGCCAUGCCGGUUCGAAGGCCUCUGUCUUCUCCGGAGCCCCAGCAGGAGACAGAGGGGCCAGUGUUCGCAGUGGAUGACUUCCCCUCCCUGAGCCCGAGAUGGGAUAGUAGCUGGGACCCGCCUACCACCAGGAUCUGGGCCUGAGAAGCCAGCUGAAUGAAGGGCCAUACCAGACGCCUGGGAGGGACACUGACGCCCGCAGAGGGGGGGGAGGGGUCCGGACCUGCCCCUUCCCCCCCAGACUCCUCCCCCUCAGAGGACACUCAGCCAUGGACUUUGGACGCGGAUCAGAGGAGAGAAGCUGCACUUUGUUUGGUGUCUCCGGUUUGGGAGUCUCAGUUUUGGAAAUGGAGUGCUGGAUGGGGUGUGAGGAUCUCCAGGGGAGCAGCUGAGAGAAGAAAAGAAAGAAAUCACUAGUCCUGCCCUCGGCCUGACCCGUCCACAAGACAGUCCCCUCAAGACAGCCGUCAGCCUUCUCACGUAGGCGCCAGGAAGGAUGCUUAGGCCGAUUAGCCAGGACCAGUGACAGAUUUGACCAAAUGUGCAUGGCUACUUCCUAAUCCCAAAGCCCAGAGGACACAUCCCUAGAACUGUGCGGGUGAGGCCGGCCAGCAGGGCAGCUUGAGCGCCCCUCUCGUGGCUCCCCGCGGGGGCCAGGAUGCUGAAGAAGCAGUCUGCAGGUCUUGUGCUGUGGGGCGCCAUCCUCUUUGUGGCCUGGAACGCCCUGCUGCUGCUCUUCUUCUGGACGCGCCCUGUGCCCAGCAGGCUGCCCUCAGACAGCGCUCUGGAUGAUGACCCCACCAGGCUCACCCGCGAGGUGAUCCGCCUGGCCGAGGACACCGAGGUGGAGCUGGAGCGGCAGCGGGGGCUGCUGCAGCAGAUCUGGGAGUACUCUGUGCGGCGGGGCCAGCGGUGGAGGGUGCCCACUGCCGUCCCACCUGUGCCGCCACGAGGGCCUGUGACCUUGCCGCCAGCUGUGAUCCCCGUCCUGGUCAUCGCCUGUGACCGCAGCACUGUCCGGCGCUGUCUGGACAAGCUGCUGCACUAUCGGCCCUCAGCUGAGCGCUUUCCCAUCAUCGUCAGCCAGGACUGUGGGCACGAGGAGACAGCUCAGGUGAUAGCCUCCUAUGGCAGCGCCAUUACACACAUCCGACAGCCCGACCUGAGUACUAUUGCGGUGCCACCCGACCACCGCAAGUUCCAGGGCUACUAUAAGAUCGCGCGCCACUACCGCUGGGCACUAGGCCAGAUCUUCCACAAGUUCAAGUUCCCCGCAGUGGUCGUGGUGGAGGAUGACCUGGAGGUGGCCCCGGACUUCUUCGAGUACUUCCAGGCCACAUACCCGCUGCUGAGGGCCGACCCCUCCCUCUGGUGUGUGUCUGCCUGGAACGACAACGGCAAGGAGCAGAUGGUGGACUCGAGCAAGCCGGAGCUGCUCUACCGCACCGACUUCUUCCCCGGCCUGGGCUGGCUGCUGUUGGCCGAGCUGUGGGCCGAGCUGGAGCCCAAGUGGCCCAAGGCUUUCUGGGAUGACUGGAUGCGGCGGCCUGAGCAGCGGCAGGGCCGGGCCUGCCUGCGGCCGGAGAUCUCCAGAACCAUGACCUUCGGCCGCAAGGGUGUGAGCCACGGGCAGUUUUUUGACCAGCAUCUCAAGUUCAUCAAGCUGAACCAGCACUUUGUGCCCUUCACCCAGCUGAAUCUGUCGUACCUGCGGCAGGAGGUCUAUGACAGGGAUUUCCUUGCCCGCGUCUAUGGCGCCCCUCUGUUGCAGGUGGAGAAAGUGAGGACCAGUGAGCGGAAUGAACUGGGGGAGGUGCGGGUGCAGUACACCAGCAGGGACAGCUUCAAAGCCUUCGCCAAGGCCCUAGGAGUCAUGGAUGACCUCAAGUCGGGGGUCCCCAGGGCCGGCUACAGGGGCAUCGUCAGCUUUCUCUUCAGGGGCCGCCGUGUCCACCUGGCGCCCCCGCAAACCUGGGAGGGCUACGAUCCCAGCUGGAAUUAGUGCUGCCUGUCUCUCCCGGCCCCUUCCCUGCCACGGCACAUGCUGAGACAGACUGCAGUCCUGGCUGCACCCUCCUCUCUGUGUCUCUCUUGGGUCCAUUUAUCUUUUUAUUUUAUUUUUGAGUGGCAUUCGAGUGCACAAAUGAGAAGGUGAAGAUGACUCGCCCAUUGAGAGGUUCAAAUCAGGGGAAACUUUCUGGGGUACUUUGGGGGAUGUUGAGCAAGAAGUCACUGUGUGGUAGGCAGAGACGGCUUGUUGGGGCCACAUGCUUUCAUGUGCCAAUUUUUCUCCUAGGGCAUCUGCAGAGAGGCUGGCAACUUGAGUUCUCUUGCCCAGGCCGCUUUUCCCUGUCCUGGCUCUCACAGCCAGGUAUGGGCCCUUCUCUUGGGCCUGACCCCGCCCCCAUUUGGAGGGGGAGCUGGGUCCGGUGAGAAGAGAACAGACAGAUUUGUGGCCAGAACGAGACCAAGCAAAGGGGUUUUGUCAUCUAGGUCUGGGCGGAGUUUGUUAGGUUGUCAGGGUUUAUGCCUCCCGCCUAUUUCCCCCCUCUUUUCCUCUCUCCUUAUCACAGCUCUUCUUUCCCUGCAGCCUAGCAGUUAUGAUUCCAAGAUGGAAAAUUGAAGGGGAACAGUAAGACCUUCACCAGAGCCCUGGCCAGUUUGGCUCCUCCCUGGCAGUGGGGGGAAAGGGGAUGGGGGGAAGCUUGGUGUGCGGGGCACCCUCUCUUAUCCUGCCUCGAAGAAACAGAAGCUGCCCCUCAGCCCAUCCUGUCUGCAAGCGGGUCCUUUCCUGUCAUUCCAGGAGGGUUCUGAGCCGGCUUGCUGGGAGGGAGGUUAGCUCCUCCCUGAGACCUUGGCUUUUAGAGGUCCCCUCAGUGUGAGGCAAAGCAGCCAGGACAGGAUGACCCACACAACCCUCCUUCCUGUGCCCACCCCACCCCUCAACACCCUGUAUCUGUUCAGGUUAGGAUGCAGAUGGGGGCUUGGAGAGCAAUGUCUGUGCUUUUGUUUCUUGCGCGACCUCAGUUCAUGGAAGAAAGUUGAAGCUGCAGAAUUAUUUUCAAAAAUAAAAGGCUGAAUUGUCUGAAAAA